AUGGUAGAUUCUAGUGAGAAUAAGCAAAGUGCAUCAAUUGAAUUAACAAGUGGAGGUACUGUAAAUCCUCCAGUAUUACAAUGUUUUUCUGAUGCACCAAUAGAAUGGCUUGACUCUAUCAUUAACAGACUUCAAGGAUUAUAUAAUACUAAUACUAUGAUUAACAAUGUAAUAUCAUUUGAAGAAGUUAUCUCACUUAUUUAUUUUUCAAUCAAACCAAUUAUGGCUGAUGGAACACUUAUAGAAAUUGAUGGACCAGUUAAAAUUUUUGGUGAUAUUCAUGGACAAUAUCAAAAUUUUCAUCAACUUUUGGAUAUUACUGGACGUGUCCCAACAAUCAAAGCUUUGUUUUUAGGUGAUUAUGUUGAUCGAGGACCUCAAUCUCUUGAAGUAAUAUGUUAUUUAUUAGCUUUAAAAUGUCGUUAUCCAGAUAAAUGUUAUCUUAUUAGAGGUAAUCAUGAAACACCAAGUGUCAAUAGAAUUUAUGGAUUUUAUAAUGAAUGUGGACUUAAAUAUAAUAUUGGAAUGUGGUGGGAUUUUCAAUCACUUUUUAAUAGACUACCAAUGGCUGCAUUGGUAAGUAAAAGAAUUUUCUGUAUGCAUGGAGGAUUAUCACCUGAAUUAACUAAUUUUGAUACAAUUCGUUCAACAAUACGUCCUGUAGAACCACCAGAGUCUGGAUAUUUAACAGAUUUAAUUUGGUCAGAUCCAACAAACAAAGGAGAUGGAUGGUUUUACUCAACUCGAGGAAUCUCAUGUGCUUUUGGUAGAGGUGUAGUUGAGGCAGCCUCUAAAAUAAUGGGAUUUGAUUUGAUUGUCAGAGCUCAUCAAGUGGUUCAGGAAGGAUAUGAAAUAAUGGUUGGAAAAAGUCUUAUUACUGUUUUUUCAGCACCAAAUUACUGUGGACAAUUUUGUAAUGCUGGUGCAGUUGUUUGUAUUAGUGAAAAAAUGCAGGUUUCAUUGCAACAAUUGAAAUUAACUUCACCAGCAAAUUGUAAAAAAACUGCUCCUGUAUGUGCUGCUGAUGUAAGUGAGGCAACUGCAAAUGAAGGUCUCCCUACAUGGAAUUUAAAUGAUCCUCAAAAAACAUUUACAUAUAUUCCUAAUACUCCAAAAAAUAAUGCUGGUGAUAGUAAUAAUAAUAAAUGA